AUUGUCUUGUUCUUCUGCAGGACCUGACAGAUCCCUUGAUGGUGAUGUUUGAGCAGCCAGAAGAAGAGGAUGGCAUGGAGGAGGAGAACACCUUUGAGGUGACGGAGGCCAUUCCUGAUGUUGAACUGUUUGAGUACAAAACCUCCACAAGCUCCAUUCACGUACUCAGUGGGGCAUGGAUAGCCUAUUCCCAUGUAGAUUUCUCAGGGAACCAAUACAUCUUAGAGAAAGGUUUCUACAAUAACUGUGCUGACUGGGGUUCUCAGGACACUCGCAUCUGCUCAGUGCAGCCCAUCCUACUGGCUCCAUGUGAUGGCUCAAAGAUGAGGAAAGAGGUAAUCCUGUACUCUCAGCCAGACUUCCAGGGUGAGUGUCAUAUCUUUGACCACAACCAGGAAGCAGUGCCAGAAAAAUUACAGACCAAGUCCUGCAAAGUGUCUGGGGGAAGCUGGGUGUUCUAUGAGGAUAAACAGUACUCUGGAAACUUGUAUGUCUUAUCUGAUGGAGAAUACCCAAAUUUAACCAGCAUGGGAUGUUCGCCUGACUGCACCAUCCGUUCUUUUAAGGCUGUGCCAAUGACAUUCUCAGUGCCCUCCAUCUCUCUGUUUGGCCUUGAGUGUCUGGAGGGCAGAGAGAUAACCACAGACACAGAGAUUGUCAGCAUGGUUGAAGAGGGAUUCAACAACCACAUUCUCUCUGUCAGAGUCAAUAGAGGCUGUUGGGUGAUAUGUGAACACAGCAACUACAGGGGGCGCCAAUUCCUACUGGAACCAAUUGAAAUCACGAACUGGCCGAAGUUUAGCUCACUGGAGACUGUUGGUUCAAUGUUCCCAGUUAGACAGAAGCGGCAAUUUUUCCGCGUCAAGAACAAAGAGAGGGGUCACUUCAUGUCUAUCCAGGGCGGGGUGGAGGAGGUGAAAUCAGGACGAGUGGUGGUGACACCAGAAGUGGAGCCAAUGAGCGACAUCUGGUUCUAUCAGAACGGCUUCAUCAAGAACAAGUUGUCCCAAACGAUGAGCCUUCAGGUGAUGGGUAACGUAGAGCCGGCAUCCAAGGCGGUUUUGUGGACAGAGACCCGGCAGCCUAUCCAGACCUGGACAGCCCAGAUGAGUGGCCUCAUCACCAGCCUAACUUUCCCUGGCAUGGUCUUGGAUGUCAAAGGUGGCAAAACUUACGACAAGGACCAUGUGGUGAUUAUGCCGGAGAGCGAGGAGAGGCCAAGCCAACAGUGGGAAAUAGAGCUGCUGUAACCUACUAUAAAAAACUUUGCCAGGCCUUACUUAGCGGUGCAUCAACAGUGCUUCUCUUUACAGCUCCAGAAUAUUCCCUAUAUAUAUAUAUACUGGGAACUGUGCAUUUCUAUCCAGUGAUUGAGUGUAUGGUUUGACCUAUUCUAUGUCUUUGACUUUUUCACGUUUAUCUGAUCUGUUAUUUUUUUGUCAACAAUUUGAGUAUUCAAACUAGAAUCAUCAUGUUUGAAUGAUUCCCAGGUCAUGCAAAUGUCCUGAAUAUAGUUGAUGCUCUCAUAACUUUGUUUAUGAUGGAGCAAACAAAGUUUUAAUUUCUUCUGGAAAUUGUUUUCCUGGAGUGAGCAGGAAGUGGCAAACAAUGCUUUAUACAGAUAGGAGACGAAUGAAGCCAAGUGAAUGUGUAGUGUGCAAGAAAUGUAUGCUAUGCUUUUUUUAUUGUGUUUUUUAAAGUAUUUUUGUAUGGGCUGUAUGUAUUAAUAUUUGUUUUGUGGGAAAUGUUGCAGUUAUGUAUGCAAUAUAUCACAUUGCAUUGUGCAGGGCAAUGAAAUGGGUUGUGUGUGUCCAGUUACUCUAUUUCUUGUUGUAUUUUUGUUGUCUUAUGAAUAGUUGUUGUUUUAUGUCAAAUUUGUUACACGGAAAUGUUACCAGCAUCAGCUGUAAUGUUAAUAUUUGAUGCUAAAGAUAUGAUGUUGAAGGUAAGGGAGGGGUUUAAAAAUAUGAAAUAAAAAAUGUUAAAUAAAACAGAUUUGACACAUUGA